UUCACAUCGCAUAUCCACUCCGUUGAAAAACGACACCGGAUGUCCCCGUGAUUCUUCUCUGGUCACCAUUCAUUCUCUCUCUGACUGUAUUUUCUUAUUCAUAUAUCUGGGUUUGGAUGCUUUUCUUGUUUUUAUUGCAUUAAUUUAUUUUCUGAGUUUUAUUUAUUUAUCUCUUAAUCAGAAAGAAUCAAAUUGUUACCUUUCACGGGAUGCUAUUACAGCUUGAUUUGUUGGACUUUUGCUUGCAUUCUUAGCUAGAUUGCUACUGCGGACUAUAAAUAGCUCUCACGGGUUUUACAUCUCUCUAAGCAUUUCAAUGCCCUUUUUUUGGAUUUCUUUUUUUGUCCUUCAGUUUCAGCUUUAAUUCUGGUGUUUGUUCCUUUCCUACUCACUCUUUUGUGGGUUUCUCUUCUUCACAAGAAUUUUAGUGGAAUUUGGUUAUCAAGGGUUUGUUAGUUGGUGUCAAUGAAACUUCAUAAGUUUGUUUAGAGUUGGUUUAAUCUUGGAACCCCAAAAAUCUGUUUUGGGAUCUCUAUUAUUGGAUUUUUAAAGUUCAACAGUCUGUAAAUAGUGCUAUUUUGACUCUUCUCUGAUCUGAUUUUAUUCAAAAUUGGGUGUUAUCAUCUGGGCUAUUGCAAAAAAUGAAGCUUUUUGAGUCUUCCAAAUUGUUAGUUACCAUUCUGUUUCUAGGUUUAUGUGGUCAUGCUUUAGCGAAGGAGUGUACAAACACUCCCACUCAGCUAUCAUCACAUACCUUUAGAUAUGAACUCUUGGCAUCUCACAAUGAGUCACUGAAAGAACAGAUGUUUGAACACUAUCAUCUGACACCGACCGAUGACUCGGUUUGGUUUAAUUUGCUACCAAGAAAGAUGUUGAGAGAAGAAGAUGAAUUUGAGUGGGCAAUGAUGUAUAAGAAUAUCAAGAAUCAGGGUUUCAAGCCACCAGAGAAUUUCCUAAACGAAGUUUCAUUGCAUAGUGUUAGACUGGAUCCAAGUUCGAUACAUUGGCAGGCACAGCAAACAAAUUUGGAGUAUUUGUUGAUGUUAGAUGUGGAUAGAUUGGUUUGGAGCUUUAGGAAGACAGCAGGACUGCCAACACCAAACACACCUUAUGAAGGAUGGGAGGCGAAGGAUUGUGAGCUUCGUGGUCAUUUUGUAGGGCAUUACUUGAGCGCCUCAGCACAAAUGUGGGCUAGCACUCAUAAUGACGCUCUUAAAGAGAAAAUGUCCGCAGUAGUAUCCGCUCUUUUUGAAUGCCAGAAUAAGAUGGACAAUGGAUAUCUUUCUGCCUUUCCAUCCGAGCAAUUUGACCGUUUUGAAGCUAUAAUGCCUGUCUGGGCUCCAUAUUACACCAUUCACAAGAUAUUUGCUGGUCUAUUGGAUCAACAUGCAUUUGCUUAUAAUCCUCAAGCAUUGAAAAUGGCAACUUGGAUGGCUGAGUACUUCUACAAUCGUGUUCAGAAUGUUAUAGCAAAUUACAGUGUGGAAAGACACUAUACAUCGCUCAAUGAAGAAACUGGUGGCAUGAAUGAUGUUCUUUACAGGUUAUUCAGCAUAACGGGGGAUCCAAAGCAUUUAUUGUUGGCCCACCUUUUCGAUAAACCAUGCUUUCUUGGAGUGCUUGCAGUAGAGGCUGAUGACAUAUCUGGUUUCCACACCAAUACACAUAUCCCAAUUGUGAUAGGAACGCAAAGGCGGUAUGAAGUCACUGGUGAUCCACUUUAUAAGGAAGUGGGGAAAUUCUUCAUGGACAUCGUGAACUCCUCUCACAGCUACGCAACAGGAGGGACGUCAGUCGGCGAGUUCUGGCGGGACCCAAAGCGAUUAGCAAAUACUCUACAGUCAGAGAAUGAAGAAUCAUGCACGACUUAUAACAUGCUGAAGGUGUCUCGCCACCUGUUUAGAUGGACCAAAGAAAUGGCAUAUGCAGAUUACUAUGAGCGUGCUCUGACCAAUGGUGUUCUAGGAAUACAAAGAGGGACAGAUCCUGGAGUUAUGAUUUACAUGCUUCCAAUGGCUCCUGGAGGUUCCAAGGCCAAAAGCUACCAUCGAUGGGGAACCCCGUUUGAUUCUUUUUGGUGCUGCUAUGGUACAGGAAUUGAAUCAUUCUCAAAGUUGGGGGAUUCCAUAUACUUUGAAGAGGAAGGGGAAACUCCUGCCUUAUACAUCAUCCAGUAUAUUUCAAGCUCAUUUGAUUGGACCUCUGGAAAGAUUAUGCUUAAUCAGAAAGUUGGUCCUGUUGUUUCCUGGGAUCCUUACCUUCGGGUAACAUUUACCAUUUCUGCAAACAAGGGGGCUGGCCAAUCAUCGACGUUGAAUCUCAGAAUACCAAUUUGGUCACACUCAGAUGGUGCGAAGGCAGCAGUAAAUGCUGACAAUUUGGAACUACCAGCACCAGGUAACUUCCUAACAGUCACUAGAAAAUGGAGCACUGGUGAUGAAUUAACUCUUCAGCUUCCCAUUAAUUUGAGAACAGAAACUAUUAAAGAUGACCGUGAUCAAUAUGCUUCACUUAAAGCAAUACUCUAUGGCCCUUAUCUCCUUGCGGGUCAUAGCCAUGGUGACUGGGAUAUCAAAACUGGUUCAGAUACCUCUCUUUCAGAUUGGUUAACUCCCGUCCCUGCUGAUUACAAUGAUAAUUUGUUUUCUUUUUCCCAAGACACUGGGAAAACGACUUUUGUCUUAACAAACUCAAACCAAACCAUUACGAUGGAAACCUCCCCUGAAUCUGGCACAGAUUCUUCCAUACAUGCCACUUUCAGAGUCAUCGUAAAGGACUCAUCUGCCUCGCCAGUUUCAGGAAACAAAGUUGCCAUUGGGAAAUCUGUCAUGCUAGAACCUAUUGAUUUUCCGGGAUUCCUUGUAUUAUCUCAAGGGGAAGAUGAGAACCUUGUGGUUGCAGACCCGGCUAGUAGCAAGGGCUCUUCUGUUUACCAGUUGGUUGAAGGCUUGGAUGGAAACGAGGGUGCUGUAUCCUUGGAAUCAGAAAGCAACAAAGGAUGCUUUGUAUACAGCGGUGGGAGUUAUAAUUCAGGCAUAAGCUUGAAGCUUCGCUGCCAGUCAUCGGAGGCUGAAAUUAAUCGUGAAGCAGCCAGCUUUAAAAUGAGUAAAGGAUUGAGUGAGUAUCACAGUAUCAGCUUUGUGGCAAAAGGUGCAAAGAGAAACUUUCUCCUGGAGCCAUUACUGUCUCUGAGGGAUGAAUCUUACACUCUGUAUUUCGACAUUCAGACAUAGUUAAGGUUAGGUUGGAGGCACAGAGGACUAGAGGAGUAUGGUGAUAGAACCACAAGAAAAUAUAUUAUUUCCUUGUAUUGUUCAUCCAUGGUAACUUUGUAAGAAAUAGUUACUACCAAUAAAUUUUAUAGGAAAAUAUGGCUCCAUUCCCGGAAGGAAGAGGCUUCAGGCUUCAGACUUCUCACUUCUCAUU